UCGGCUUCAGAUUGAGGAAAACGAAACGAACGACAAUCGUAACUCUAUUUUUGCAGGAAAUCAAAAUGUUUGCCCGCGCCGCUAAUGUUACCCGCACCGGAAUGACCAAUCUGGUCCGAUACUCCCACUCGCACGGUGGAAUCCCUGGCGAGAACCUUCCCUUCAGCCUCACCAACCGGUACAAGCUGACGGCUAUGUUCAUCGUGUUCUUCGGUUCCGGACUGGGUGCUCCGUUCUUCAUCCUCAGACAUCAGCUGUUGAAGAAGUAAAUCCCCUGCGCCCUGCACCGGGCCGGUCUAUUUUCCAUCUGUUAGUGAGUUUCAUAACAUGCGACGUGUAACCACCCCAGAUUGGGGAAGAAAGCAGCAAUAAAAGCACCCUAAUCUGGGACACAAAAA